GUCCUGCUCCACGUUUAAGUCAAGUGUCUUUAUCGAUCAAUGACGGUAAGCACUCGUGAUACUGCAAGGUUGGCUUGGCAGUCUCUAUAUUUGUCUUAUCGAUAUCGGUGUUCAAACAUGUUUGCUUAUUGCCGAUCGGCAUGAUCCUGCUAGGGGCGUUGUGGUUCUAGAGGUGUGGAGCUGAAACUUGCUAGCCGCACAGCCGAAUCUUCUAGGGUCCCGUCUUUCCUUAAAACUCUUCCAACAUCUACUAAUUGAUUCUGUUUUGAACCGUCAGGAUAACCCGCGCUGUGGGAGCUGCUCUGCCUCUGGCAUAGAUUGUUUUAUACUGCGUAGCUUGUUUUAUUUCUAUUCCUUAGAUCCACCUGUCCUUUAGCUCCUCGUUCGCUGGAGACCAUUUUCUCCUUAUCAUACCGGUCAACAUCAUGAAGAAUUCCUUCCUCGUCGUUCUUCUCUUUUCGUUUGCAGUCGCCGUGGCAUCUUCACUUGAUAUCCAGGCUCGAAACCCCACGCCGUCAAAGAGAUAUGUGCUCCCCAUUCUUCCUCGGCAGCCAGGACCUUCCCCUCCUGCUAAACGAUCCUUCGGGCCCUCCGCAGCUUAUGUUGCUCGCGAGGUUAGUCCAUUACAGCGUCUCGCUGCUCGUCAAGCCUCUCCUUCAAAGCGCCUGUCAGCUCGAGAUGUGGCUGUUUCGCCGCAUUACGUCCGUGCUGCUGCGCCAGCCCCGUCUAAACGCGUUGCUGAGGACUUGGCUGCGCCACGAAAGCGCAGCCUAGACGAACAGCACGUGAUGGGUGGCGCACCGACCGCCGCGGAAUCUCGUGGAUUCUGUCUAGACGGACUUGUGGCUUGCCCCGUUUUGAGCACACCUGGGCAGUUCCCUCGCACGUUUGCCGAGUGGGAAAAAAUAGGAUUUGAGUGUGUCGAUUUUAUGGCAGAUUUGGGCUCCUGCGGCGGUUGUUCCAGUCUUGAUCCUAUCGAGCAUGACUGCACGAAUAUCCCAUACGUUGAAGGCGUUGCUUGUGUCACUGGGGAAUGCCAAAUCUCAUCCUGCCAACCAGGUUAUUCUUUAGAUAGUGAUGGUCACGCAUGCUCGCCAACGGAGUAGGCAUGCAGAUUCAUCGGACAUUUCUUAUAGACUUUUCGUUCUUUCUGUGCUAUAGACGAUCAUACCAUUUUGAAUUUUGGAUGUUUA